UGGCUCAACCACAGAGGAGCCCUCACAAGGCUCUGAUGCAGCUUUUUUUUUCACCCAAGGUCUGGUGAAGUUUAGGAGGAGAACAAUUUCCUUUGAAACUUGGUGGAUUUUUGAAGUUUUAGUGUAGUGCCUUGUUAAGUGUUUUCUGGGCUCCAGGCAUGGCUCUGUCCCAGAUACAGUGCCUCGACGAUAACCACGUGAACCCGCGGGCGAGCGAGUCCAAACCGGAGUUCCUCUACUGCGAAGACCAGCGGGUCGCACUGGAGGCUCUCCUCCGGGACGGUCGCGAGGCGUUCUUCGAGUACCUGCAGGACCGCGGCCUGCAGGGUUUCCUCUCAGACCCGGAGCUGGAGACCCUCGCCGGGGCGGUGGAGCCCUAUGACCCGGGCUCGGAGAUCUUCCCGGGGAAUGCGGGGGACGACGACGACGACGACGAGCCCCCGCUGUCACUGCAUUACUGGCCCGAGCUGUCGGACACAUCCACACCUCAGUUGGACCUGGGCUGGCCCGACAGCGAUGCUUACCGGGGCGUGACGCGCGCUACCGUUUACACGCAGCCACCUCUGGACGGUCAGGCGCACAUCAAGGAGGUUGUCAGGAAGACGAUCGCGCAGGCGCAAAAAGUGAUAGCAGUGGUGAUGGAUGUCUUCACUGAUGUUGACAUCUUCAGAGAUUUGCUAAAUGCCGGUUUCAAGAGGAGGGUUUCUGUCUACAUCCUGCUGGAACGCACAGCCCUACCUCAUUUCCUGUCCAUGUGUCAGAGGGCCAACAUGCACGCCGGACACCUCAAGCACCUUCGUGUUCGCUGCACAGAAGGAGCAGAGUUCUACACUAGGUCGUGCACCAAGGUCAGAGGGCAACUGGGACACAGAUUCAUGUUCAUUGAUGGAGACAAAGCUGUGUCUGGGUCGUACAGUUUCACCUGGAUGUCCUCACGGCUGGACAGAAACCUCAUCACCGUGGUUACAGGCCAGGCAGUGGAUGCUUUCGACCGACUGUUUCGCUUCCUUAACAUGACAUCCAGCUGUGUUGACCUCCGGCAGGUCGCCACGGCGCCUGAACCUGAGUCCCUCCCACAGCCAGCCACUGUCGCCCCUCCUUCUGCUGCUGUUGCUAGGAAACUGUAUAACCCCAAAUAUGCACUGGUUGCUUCAUGCAACCCCAGCCUGAUCCCCUCUGCUGGCCACAAUAGCCCCAAAGAGCCCCAAAAUUCAGAGAACUCCAGGAACCCAGAGAUCCCAGAAACCAAGAAGAGGAGGCAGAGGAGGCAUACUAAAGACGCUAUACAGGAGGCGCCUCCUCUCCAUCCUGGACUUACCAAUUUAGAGAAGGCAUGCUUAAUCUCAUACCUGCCCACCUGGCCAGAGCCUGACCCCCCCAGUGAUGUAAUUGGGUUCAUUAACAUUCGGGAUGCCAACAAACCAACUCAGGUCCAUCUGCAGCGAUCUGAGAUGUUUGAAACAAGCCAAGCAAUCAGGUUUAGCCGUCCAUUCAGCAUGCCUAAGGAAACCCUGCCAGAGGUUGCCCAGCCCAGACAGCUUACUGCUAAACCCGAGAAAAUGAAUAAACUCCAGCCAACUCAAAAUAAAACAAAAGCUGAAGAGUCUUUGGUAGACAGUGUCCAGCCAACACAACUCAAAGCAGAGCCGGGUGACAUCAAACCUAAAGGAGAAGCACCUGAACAGAAAUCAUCAGAGUCUGGGCAAAAGUCCGAACCAGACAAAGACACAACAAAGGCUCUGAACACUGGGAAUAAACUGCAUUCACACACACCCAUCAACCAAGAUGCAGGCCACAACGCUCAUCUGAAUGCACAGUCCAGUAGCAAGACAUCCACUCCUAACACUGGGAGGCCUUCAUACACUACACAAACUGUCACCACAGAAAGUCCUAAGCCACAGUCCCUCCCAGGAUCAAACAUUAAAAAGGAAGCAGAAACUAGUUUAAACGCACAAAGUGCUGUUGUGUACAGUGGGAGGGUGCUCAACAUACCCUGGAGUUGAGCGGUCCCACCGACUC